GCCAAGGUCCCCUCUGCCCCGGCACAGCCACCGCCAGCUCGGCCUUGCCGCACUGGGGACGAGCCUGCCUGCCACGGGCAGCGAUCCCGGAGGAGCUGGGCUCUUCAUGACGGAAACCUAACCGGGGAGCGUGCGGAGCGGGGACGGCAGCUGCGCCUGGGGACGGGGAGGACGGCAGCAUUGGGGACAAGGACACCCGCUCCCCGUCCCCCCCGCGGCGCCCGCUGCCGGCCAUGGGAAACGGCAUGAGCCAGAUCCUCCCCGGCCUCUACCUUGGGAACUUCAUUGAUGCCAAAGACCUGGAGCAGCUAAGCCGGAACAAGAUCACCCACAUCAUUUCGAUCCAUGAAUCUCCCCAGCCCUUGCUGCAGGACAUUACCUACCUCCGCAUACCCCUGCCUGACACCCCCGAGGCCAACAUCAAGAGGCACUUCAAGGAAUGCAUCAGUUUUAUCCACCAGUGUCGCCUGCACGGAGGGAACUGCCUCGUCCACUGCCUUGCCGGCAUCUCCCGCAGUACCACCGUGGUUGUCGCCUACGUCAUGGCCGUCACGGAGCUGAGCUGCCAGGAGGUGCUGGAGGCCGUCCGAACUGUCCGGCCCGUCGCCAACCCCAACCCCGGCUUCAGGCAGCAGCUGGCUGAGUUUGGUGGUGGCUCAGCCCGCAAGGUCCGCAGGCACCUGAAGCAGAGGUAUGGGACAUCCCCUUUCAACGACGAGGAAGAAAUAAAGGCCUUGCUGCCAGCGGGGAGAGGCGGACCGUCCAGGACGGAGGGAGCUCUGCAAGGGCUGGUCCCAAGAGCCAGAGACAUCAGAAGCACGACUCCCUUCCUGCUGCGGGUGAAGAGGACGUUCUCCUGCAUCCCGGCUUGUCUGAAAGCUUGGGCCGUCUACAAGGGGAAGUACCACGAGGGGACGGACAAGGCCGACCCCUCCACCUGGAAGACGCGUCUCCGCUGCGCCCUCAACAAGAGCACCGACUUCCAGGAGGUGCCCGAGCGGAGCCAGCUGGACAUCUCCGAGCCCUACAAGGUGUACCAGAUCGUGUCCGAUGGCACCCGGGACACAGAGAAGGACGGUGACAUGCGGUCCCCAGCCGGCGAGCAUCAGCAGGGCAGCGCCGUGGGGAGUCCGGAGGAGGAAAGCCAGAAGGGCACGAUGGAGACGUGCCACGUGUCUCCGCUGCCCCUGCUCUCUGCCCACCCAGCCGAGCGAGGGUACCACGUGAGGGGAGUCUUCUACGGCUGGAACCCGACCCACGGCCACCUCCUCCCCGGACCCCCGUCCUACCUCCCUGUGGAGGAUGUCAACCACUCAGACUGCUGGCUUCACGUCCGCCUCUACUACUGCGACGUGCUGGUGAAGGAGGUCACCACCCGCACGGCUGAGGGCUGCCGCAUCACCUCCCGCGCCGUGCCAGCUGAUAGCGAGCGCCUCUACGGCCCCUCCUGCAUGGAGCAGAUUGAGUUCCCCCCGCCGCGGGCACUUGGCGGCAGUGGCCGGGUGGCCGGCAUGACCGACGUGCUGGAGCGGCUCCUGCCCCACCUGGAGCGCGGCGUGCUGCUGUGGGUAGCGCCCGAGGGGGUCUUCAUGAAGCGCCAGUGCCAGGGCAGGGUGUACUGGAACGGGCCACUGGCCCCGCACAGGGACUGGCCCAACAAGCUGGAGAGGGAGAAGACCUACAAGCUGCUGGACACGCAGCAGUUCCUGCAGCAGCUGCAGGGCUACCUGAGCCACGGGCAGCCCACGCCGCAGUACCAGAUCCACCUGUGCUUCGGGGAGGAGUACCCCACCAGCACCAGGCACCACUUCCAGAAGCUUAUCAUGGCUCACGUGGAGCCGGUUUUCGCGCGGGAGCUCUUCCAUCACGCCCAGCGCAUGGGGCCGACGCUGCUCCGUGAUUCCCCCCAGCCCUGCACCCCCGGCACCUCCAGCCACAUUAUCCGCAUCCUCAAACAGCUCUGCCAGCCCUGAGCCCGGGCAGGUGGGAGGAGAGCCCAGUCGCGACAAAGCCUCGGAGCGGGAUGCUCUGCUGC